CGGAUGCAUUUCAAUGUAACACCCAUAAUCAAACAUGGAGAACGUUGCGAUGGUAAUUGACAUCUAGCCCUACGUUUUUUAAAGUUGUUUCAUUACUAUUUGUUUUGUCACAUGAUUCACAGCUACAAGAGUAUAGCAGAAAGUCAUCGGGAGACGGGGGGACAAUGUAAAGGAAGCGCAUGCAGACAGUCCGUUGACUGCAUUUCAUCACAACCACCCCAUUUGUUUACAUACAAGCUGUACCACGGCACACCAAAAAAAAACUGCCCAAGAUGUUCUGCCGGAGGCUGGGGAAAUUGCUAAAGCCAUGGACGGGGUUUUGGACUUCGUCCCGGGAAGGUGCUCACAACCUGGCUUCUUUUCAGCAAGCCUCUCUGCUCCCCCAGAGGAAGCUCCAGGGCCUGCUGUUCCCCUUCAGUGAGCUAGAGCCCUACCUGGUUAGUUCAGCGGCCAGUGGACACUUCCAGCUCUUCCAGCCCAGUAUGGAGGACAUAGCCAGGGCAGAGAAACUCUUCUCCUCGUCACCCUCCCACACGAUUGAUUACCACACCUCCGCUGUGAGAGUAGAUCAUGCACCCUCAUUAUCCCAGCCAGAGGUAUGUUUCAUCGGCAGGAGUAAUGUUGGGAAGUCCUCUCUCAUUCGAGCUCUGUUUUCCUUGGCUCCUGAGGUUGAAGUCAGAGUCUCCAAAACGCCGGGCCAUACCAAGAAGAUGAACUUCUUCAAGGUUGGCAAGGCAUUCACUUUGGUGGACAUGCCUGGUUAUGGCUACAAGGCUCCGCAAGACUUUGUGGAGAUGGUGGAGCCGUAUCUUGACACCCGGACGAAUCUAGUGAGGACGUUUCUGUUGGUGGACGGGUCCGUUGGGCUACAAAAGGCGGACAUGAUCGCCCUGGAGAUGUGUGAAGAGUUCAGUCGGCCUUAUGCGGUUGUGGUGACCAAGAUUGAUAAGUCUAGCCAGGGGGCGCUGUUGCGGAGAGUGCUGGAACUUCAGGAAAUGAUUACAAAAACUGCUGGUUGCUUCCCACAGCCCUUCCUGGUCAGCAACACACGACAAGACCCAAGAUCGGACUUGCAUUGUAUGGAGGUCAAACACUGGCAUGAUCGUGGAGAACAAAACCAAUUGGGUGAUUUGUCACCACGUUGUUUUGUCUGGCUGGGCAAUAUGGACACAGGUUAUAUCACUGUGUUUUCAAUAGGAUAAAAUAACACUGAUGUGCAAGUUGUGACGGUUUGAUCAAGAAUCAAAGUGAAUACUUAAUAUGCUGUAGAAAUACAAACACUAAACCCAAAUCUGUAACUGUUGAUUCCAUUUAUUUAACUGUAUAGCUUUUGAGGAUUUUCAGGGAGACUGGCGGAAAAAAAAAUAAUAAUGAAAAAUGAAAUGACCAAAGUCAGAAGAAACAUGCUGUCAGUGUAUAAUUCCAUCACAAAUCUGAAUAAAAUUAAAUCCCAAAAUAUUAUGAAGAACUAAAAAGCAAACUCAGACUAGAGUUUUGGAGCAGUUUGGGUCUGGUCUAUAAGUGUCAUAAUUAACACUCAACGCGUAAAAUCCCCCACUAAAUUACCAACAUCGAUUAUUAAACCAGGUUGAUACCAAUAAGCAGAAUAUGUUAUAAUUGUAGAUUUGUUUAGCAAUGAUUUGGUAAUAAAUGUGACUUGUCAUGUUUUUCUGUUGAAGUCAUUUUUCAGUUCAUAAAAGUAACUUGACAGAUGACCGACUAAACCAACUACUUAGCCUUUACACCAAAAGCAAAAACAAGUAUAUUGCAGCAGGUCAUAUACAUUUGCAGUGCUUAAUUGGACCAGUUAGAAACACAAACUUUAACAGGUGUGUGCCGUGACAUUAUUUACUGACCCAAGACCCAAACUCCGUUCCGUGUUUGUCUGUGUUUUUCUGCCUCCAAAACUUUGCAAGCGGGAAGCUUUUUAUGUUUUUAUCAGCUCAUUCUCCCCACCCCCACACCAAACUAAGUUUUGCAGUCAAAGAAGUCUUUGUCAGGUUAUCAGAUAUGACUUCCAAUCUUAUGUUUAAGCUCACUGGGUCUAAGUGUUGGUUAUUUGUCGGGUGUCAUACAGUCUUAGAGGAAUAAAAUGGAUUUUAAUUUAUUAGUUUAGUUUUGUCUAUGGUCUGAUCAUAGGAAUGCGGACUGUACAAAAGUUGUACAGUCAUUGAAUGUUGUCAUUGAAAAUGCAUGAACUCACGCAUAUAAAUCAUACUUUACUGGUCUCCCGAGGAAAGGGUUUGGAUACAGUCCUGAUAAACUCCACCCCCAAAACAACAUUUUAUAUUUGAAUAAUAAUACCCUGAAUUCGCUAAGUGUUAAUUUUUACAUAUGCUUCAACUAACGUAUGUAGUUAACCACAUCUGAUCAUAAAGACAAUAAUGACAGUCUUAGAAGUAUUUUUAAGUUUAAGUGGGUUCUUGUAUGCAGUAAGUUGACAAUGCAAGGACACAGUACUUCACAAAAAACAUAUUAUUCAAGUUUAAAACUUUGUGUCAGAGGGUUUUCUGCAGUGUAGCUUACAUAUUAUCUAAUCUAAGAUGGACUGCAAUUCAUCUUUGAUUAUUGUUAUCUGCCAAAGGCCUACACCAUUUGUGUAAUCUAGCACAUAAAUUGGAUCAGAUGUCUAUGUAUGAUCAGAUAAGGCUACACACUGUCAUUGGAAUUGAAGGACAUUCGAUAGGGAAUAACAUUGUUCAUGAGACAGAAUCUACCAAAAAUAAAUGUAUUGUCACGUUUAUGUCUGAGUCAGUUGUAGUUUGUGAGGUAAUGGGUUCUACUUAAAAUCAUUAAUAUCCUAAUAACCUUAGGUUGCAUCUGUAAGUCAAAACACCUUGAACUGACUGAAAUGUUACACAAUCACCCCGUUCCAUUAAAUACUUCCUUUUGGGAACGCCCCGCUUUUAGGACUUUGUUGAAAGUGCUGGGCGAAGUCUCCAGCUUGACUUUUUCAUCCAACUGGGAAUGCAUACAGUGGGGAGAACAAGUAUUUGAUACACA